GUCCACAGGAAAGCAUCUACAAUUUCACUGCUGUCACUCUUGGCAAGAUUAGCUUAAUCUGUCCCCCCGUUUUGGAGUUGUAUUUUGGUAUUUAGCAAAUUCAUCUAACUUCUCAAACAUCUUCAUAUAGCACACGGAAAUGCUGUCACCGAGGUUCCGGUUGCUAAGGUCGGUGGCGUCCCUGACAACCAGGACGUUCUCCCUGGGGCCUGUAUCUCUGCAGGGGAAGGGCCUGGACAUGUCUGAGGUGCGCAACAGGCUGAGAGAGAUUGUGGGAGCGUCCACUAACUGGAGAGACCACCAGCAGGCGUUAGCUGACCGUUUGUCAUUGUCCAAUCAGCUGGCUGGUUCUCAGGAUGAGCUUCCUGUCCGCAGGAUGAAGGACAGCUACAUAGAGGUCCACCUUCCCCUGGGCACAGACCCUACACUUAGAGAGAAAUACCUCAACUACCACAAAGGUGUCAGGUUUGGCCGUAUCCUGGAGGAUCUGGACAGUCUAGCAGUGUUGAUCUGUUACUCUCACACCCAUAACAAGGCACUUCCGAGAUCUCCUCUGUCCAUCGUCACUGCCCUGGUGGACAAGAUAGACAUGAGGAAACACAUCAUCCACCCUGACUGUGACAUCAAGUUCACUGGUCACGUGACCUGGGUGGGGAAGACCUCCAUCGAAGCCAAGAUGCACAUGUCUCAGUACUAUGACGGGGCCUACACUCCAGUUCUAGAUGCUACGUUUGUUAUGGUGGCCAGGGACCCUGAGAACAAGAGGGCAGCGUUUGUUAACCCUCUGAAGCCAGAGGGGCCUGAGGAGGAGGAACUGUUUCAACAGGGAGAGAUCAAUAAGACGCGUCGUAUAGAGCUGAGCACAGCGUCUCUGCUGAAGGUGGCCCCUACUGCUGAGGAGAGGAAGAUCGUACACAGCCUGUUCCUCAACACCCUGGACACCAAGACAGUGAGUUUCCGUAGCAGAGUUCUGCCUCCUAACUCAGUAUGGAUGGAGGAUGCCAAAGUCAAAGGAUUGGAGAUCUGCCAUCCACAGGAGAGGAAUAUCUUUAACAGGAUCUUUGGAGGGUUUCUAAUGAGGAAAGCUUACGAGCUGGGCUGGGCUAACGCAUGCGCCUAUGGGGGGUGUCGGCCUAACCUGGUUGCCGUGGACGAUAUCCUCUUCCAGAAGCCUGUAGAGAUUGGGUCCCUACUCCUGCUCUCGUCACAGGUGUGUUACACACAGGGGAAGUACAUCCAGGUCAGAGUUCAUACAGAGGUUCUUGACCCCCUGACUCGGCAGCACAACACCACUAAUGUCUUCCACUUCACCUUCGUCACAGACAAAGACAUCCCCAACAUAGUGCCACAGAGCUACGGAGAGUCCAUGUUGUACCUGGAUGGAAAGAGACACUUUAACCAGACACUGGAGUCUCAGUGAGACGUGAUGAACACUGACGAACCCUGACCCAACACAACAACUGCCUGCCAAAGCCUUAGUGUCCAGCCACCGCCCCCGCCCUCCUUACCGUACGCUCUGCGUGUUUGUGUGUGUGUCUACUUGCAUGACAAGGUAUCUAUUCAUUUGUU